CUUGGGUUUUAGAUUCUCCUUUAAGAUAGUGUGGUCUGCUUACUCAGUUUUGUCUCUAAAGUGCACACAUGUGCGCCUCUCUCUCUCUCUCUCUCUCUCUCUCUCUCUCUCAGUGUGAACUAGAGGCAACUUCUUUCAAAUUAUUUCUAUCUCACCUUUCUUCUGCUUUCCAUUUCAGGCUUUUGAGGUAAUAACUAAAAAACAAAGUCCAUAUUGGAGUGGAUGAUGCUCGAGCUAUGGAUUAGAAGCGUGCUACUUAUGUUUGGCAUGUUAUCCAGCACAAUAGGUGGAUAUGUUGGAAUAAAUAUUGGAACUGAUCUUUCCAAUUUACCCUCCACGUCUGACGUGGUUGCAAUUAUUAAAGCCAACCAGAUAACUCAUGUACGCCUUUUCGAUGCUGACGCUCACAUGCUAACUGCUCUGUCAGACACUGGAAUCGAAGUUAUAGUUGGUGUCACUAACGAGGAAGUACUGGGAAUUGGUGAAUCUGCUGCAGUAGCGGCAGCGUGGAUAAAUAAUAAUGUUGCAGCUUAUUUGCCAUCAACCAAUAUUACAGCCAUCGCUGUUGGGAGUGAAGUACUUAGUUCGAUUCCGAAUGCUGCCCCUGUUUUGGUUCCUGCCAUGAAUAAUCUUCACAAAGCAUUGGUUGCAUCAAAUCUAAAUAAUCACAUUAAAGUUUCAGCCCCCCAAUCGAUGGAUAUAAUCCCUAAGCCUUUUCCUCCUUCCACGGCCAUGUUCAAUUCAACAUGGAACUCCACCAUUUCCCAGAUGCUUCAAUUUUUAAAAACCACAGAUUCGUACUUCAUGCUAAAUGCUUAUCCAUACUAUGGAUAUAUAAAUAAUGGUGGUAUCUUUCCUAUUGAUUAUGCACUAUUCCGACCAAUGUCAUCAGUGAAGCAGAUAGUUGACCCAAAUACUCUUUUUCAUUAUGACAGCAUGUUUGAUGCUAUGGUGGAUGCUACCUAUAACUCUAUAUCAGCAUUUAAUUCGUCUAUUAUUCCUGUUGUUGUGACAGAAUCUGGGUGGCCUUGGUUUGGUGGUGCUAACGAGCCUGAUGCUACUAUGGACAAUGCAGAAACUUUUAAUAAUAAUUUGAUCCAACGUGUCUCGAAUGAUUCUGGUCCACCUAGUCAACCCACUAUUCCCAUCAAUGCAUACAUUUACGAAUUGUUUAAUGAAGACAAAAAAUCUGGACCCAUAUCAGAAAGAAACUGGGGUUUAUUUUUUUCCAAUGGGACUUCUGUAUAUCCCCUUAGUCUGACUACAUCAAACAAUAGUGUUGGAAAUUCUUCAGUAGCUUUCUGUGUGGCAAGAGAAGGGGCAGAUUCCAGUAAGUUGCAGAGUGGAGUUAGUUGGGCUUGUGGACAAGGCCAGGCGAACUGCACGGCCAUUCAGUCUGGGAACCCAUGUUACCUUCCUGAUACUCUACAAAACCAUGCUUCCUUUGCUUACAAUGAUUAUUAUCAGAAAAUGAAAAGCAUAGGUGGAACCUGCGACUUCGAUGGUACUGCCAUGACAACUAAAAAUGAUCCCAGUUAUGGAUCUUGCAUAUUUACUGGAAGUUCAAACUCGAGUUCAUUCGGCUUUAGCACACCUGCAUUUGCACCUAUUAGCCCUCAGGGGAAGAGUUCCAAACUCCAAAUUCAUGUGGUUUGGUCUUUAGCUUUGACACUGUUUAUUACUUUCCUAGUGGUCGAUGUUCAUAUUCACCCCUUCUGCAAUUGAGAUCUAUUGCCAAGUCUUAGGAAAUUCCUAGAUGCAUCUGAUUUUUGGUUGCUAAAAUGUUAUUUGUAGUAGAUACCAAUAUUUAUUUAUUCUCAUCUUGUGUCUAAGAUUUAUUCCAGAAAAAUAAUCUCAAGUUAGGAUGUCACGUAUCAGUAAUUUUUUUAGUAACUUGUUAUGCAUGAAGAAUGUUAAGAACAUUGGCUAAGUGAUUUUUUUUUUAA